AUGUCCGACGCCGCCGACGACGACGACGCGCCGCAGACCGCGGACGAGCUGCGCGCCAAGCUCGAUGAGUACGAGCGCUCGCUCGCGGACGUCGAGGCGUCGCUCGCGGACGCGCCGGGGGACGAGGAAUUGAUCGAUUUGAAGGAUUCGCUCGAGGAUGUCAUUGAAAUCACGCGCGACGUCCUGGCGACGACGCUCGCGGCGCGGGACGACGUCGACGACGACGAGUUAGGCGCGGGUGACGGCGCGAACGACGCGCGAGGCGCGACGGCGGCGACGGCGACGACGACGACGACGCUGGGAGGGACGUUCGCGGGACGGGACGUGCUCGCGCUCGACGCCGAGGGCGCGUGGCGGAGGGGACGGUGCGUGCGAGCGAUGGACGACGGUACGCUGGACGUGUACCUGACGGAGAGCCACACGCGAGUCGCGGUGAAGGCGAGCGAUGUGAGGAUAGACAUCGGGGGUCAGGCGAAGACGAAGGCGAAGGCGCCGCCGCCGCCGCCGCCGAGAGAGGUGUAUCGCGGCGUGCCGGAACCGAGACGCGUGGAGUUGACGCGAAAGACGGAGUUCGUGCGGAAAGAGCCGCCGAAGAAUUUGGAGAUUAAGCCCGGGGAUGACUCGGAGACGCGGGAGUUGAAGCGGAAAAAGUUGAAGACGUUCAAGUAUAAGCAGCGGCAGCAAGAGAUAAGCGCCGAGCAAAACCAAAAGGCGAGCAGUUGGCAAAAUUUCCAAAGCAAAGGAUUGAAGAAGGGGAAGAAGGGCAUUCAGAAGAACUCGAUCUUCGCGUUGCCCGAGGAUUUGACCGAGGCCAAAGGCGUGGGGUUCGCGGGGAGCAAGCCGGUCGGUAAUAGAUAG